UCCUGUGCAGUGACAGCGGAGAUGUCUAGUUGUGUGGCGGCGGGUCUAUCCGCGAAUUAGCGCGGUCGCUGUGCGCGCGUACUCACUCGUUGGCGCGCUUUGCUUCGCAUCUCCUACGGCGCCUCCCGGCGGCUUUGGGCUUCACAGCGCCCGCGCGUCUGUCCUCUGAGCGGGAGAGGGCCAUGGAGGUGCCGCCGCCGCCGCCGCCGGCGCCAUGGAGCUUCCUUUGCAGGACCGUAGAUCCUUUCCCCCGAAUUUUUGCUGCCCGAGCUGAGGCUGCAGAUUCGGAAUCCCUUGUGGACAAUCAGAAGCUGCCUUCCUAUGUCCCAGAACCCCAUUACCUCGAAUCCGGAUGGGAUCGCCUCCGGGAGCUGUUUGUCAAAGAUGAACAGCAGCGAACUCCACGAGAACUUGAGAAUAUCUACAAGGCAGCAGUUUCAGCAGGCAUCAUUGGCUGGGCAUAUGGGGGAAUACCAGCCUUUAUUCAUGCUAAACAACGCUACAUUGAGCAUAGCCAAGCAGAAAUUUACCAUAACCAGUUUGAUGCUGUGCAAAGUGCACACCGUGCUGCCACACGAGGCUUCAUUCGGUAUGGCUGGCGCUGGAGUUGGAGAACUGCAGUGUUUGUGACUAUAUUCAACACAGUGAACACGGGACUAAAUGUGUACCACAAUAAAAAUGCUCUGAGUCAUUUUGUCAUUGCAGGAGCUGUCACAGGAGGUCUUUUCAGAAUAAACUUAGGCAUUCGAGGCCUAGUGGCUGGUGGUAUAAUUGGAGCCUUAUUGGGAACACCUGUAGGAAGUCUGUUGGUGGCACUUCAGAAGUACUGCGGUGAGACUCUUCAGGAGCGGAAACAGAAGGACCUCAAGGCACUCCAUGAGCUGAAACUGGAAGAGUGGAAAGCCAGACUUCAAGUUACUGAGCAACUUCCUACAGAAAUUAAAAAUAGCUUAGAGAAAAAUCGAUCCAAUGAUGAUGCUAAGAAAAUUGAAGCACUGCUAAGCCUUCCUAGAAACCCUUCAUCACCUGAGGAGCAAGACAAGGACUGAGAAUGUGCUGGACUUGAGAUUCAUUGGAGUACUGAAGCCAUGUGACUGUGCCCAUGAAUGUCAAUGCCAGGCUGUGGUCACUCUGCUGACAGACAUAAGCACUGGCACUUGUGGUGGCAGUAACUUGCUCUUUUUUCUUUUUGCUGAAAUCAGUUUUUACUUACCCUUUUAUUUUACUUACCCUUUAAUUUAAAUAUGUGUUAUAUCUAUAUUGAUUUAUCUAUAUACUUAAAUUUCUUUGCCCAAGAUUUUACAAAAUUAAGUAAAACAC